AUGUCUGCCUCGAUCCCUGGUAAGAGGGACCUACCGGUCUCACAGUACGAUCUCACAACCUACUGGGGUCGAGUGCGCCAUGCUGCUGAUAUUUCAGACCCUCGUACCCUCCUUGCAGGCUCUGCAGGAUUAGAGAGCGCUAAGGGUCUGAUUGCACAGUAUAAGCAGAAUAAAAUCCCUGCCAUGACUCCGGAUUUGUGGCAGGCUAAGAAAGUGGUCGACGCCACCCUGCACCCCGAUACUGGCGAGCCCGUUCUGCUUCCUUUCCGUAUGUCAUGCUAUGUCUUGUCGAACUUGGUUGUUACGGCAGGUAUGCUGACUCCCGGCCUUGGUACGGCCGGUACCCUCCUUUGGCAAAUCGGUAACCAAUCGCUCAAUGUGGCCAUCAACAAUGCGAACGCCAACAAGUCCACCCCCUUGUCGAUUCCACAGAUCGCCAAGUCUUACUGUAUGGCUGUCUCAGCUUCCUGCUCCGUUGCCCUGGGUCUGAACGCCCUGGUCCCUCGUCUUAAGAGCAUUUCCCCGAAUACCCGUCUCGUUCUGUCCCGUUUGGUUCCCUUCGCCGCUGUGGCCAGUGCUAGCGCUCUGAACGUCUUCCUUAUGCGUGGUGAGGAGAUUCGUCAGGGUAUCGAUGUCUACCCUGUUCUUUCAGAGGAGCAGCGAGCCAACGGAGACCGUCCUGAGAGUUUGGGUAAGAGUAAGAAGGCUGCUACUAUCGCUGUUGGUGAGACUGCUAUUAGCCGUAUUCUCAACGCUACACCUAUCAUGGUUCUCCCUCCUUUGAUUCUGGUUCGCUUGGAAAAGACCGACUGGUUGCGUGCUCGUCCUCGUAUGGUCACCCCUAUUAACCUCGCUCUCGUCCUUGGUACUUCCCUCUUUGCUUUGCCUUUGGCUUUGGCUGCUUUCCCCCAGCGUCAGGCUAUUAGUGCUAGCAGUUUGGAGGAGGAGUUCCAGGGCCGUGGCGGUUAUGAGGGUAUGGUCGAGUUCAAUCGGGGUAUGUAA